CGAUACUUUUCGUCAGAAAGACAGAAAAGUUUCCUGCUGUUUAACCUCAGCCGAUCAAAUCGCGUCAGUUGUUUAUAGUGUUUUAAAUGUUUCGAGAACACUAUCUAACAGGUGUAUUUCAUAAACAAAUAUCAGUGACUUUGAACCCCAAAACAUCAAACGCUAAGAAGGAGCAAAUUUUCAAGACGAGGAGAGUUAACUCCAAGACUCCUUCAACAUUUCGGAUCUGAUCACUGGUUAAGGUAGGCAAAUGAUCUGUGAAUCCUAAUUAUCAAAUACUCUAGCAACUAUCAUUAUCUAAUCAGUGGGGGAGUGAUACUGAAACUUCGGAUAGCUGAUCAAACUUAGAAAAUAUAUGACAAAGAUCAUGAGAUUGUCAUCCCAAUGGGUGUCAUUACCGAAAAAAAGAAACGCCAACUGUGUACAGAUAGGUUAUACCCCGUUGUUUGAAAACAGAAUUUUUUCUGCAACCUAAUCCUUUCUCUCAAUAGUGUAUUAUGCAAAUUAAGGUUUAAUUUGUUGUCAGAAAUUCUCUUUCUAACCAGGAAACGGGCGGUCGACAGUAGACGGAAGAAUUAUAAGGCAGAAAAAAGCACUGGGUAUAUUUUUACCACCUCUAAUUUUGUGACCUUUUGAUAAUUUCUUGCGCUCACUGUUCUUCUAUGUAUAAUAUAUCAUUUCAUUGUGUUAUCUUUAGAAUGAACAGACUAGCAAUCGCGAGAAUAUGCUUAACGGCGCUAUUUGUACUGCACUUUUCGGAAGCGAUCCCAUCAGAAUCCAAGGCAAGUGCACAUAUAAACGGAAAAACUGCCAUAGACAAGAAAGGUAACAAUCCAUUUGCGACUCUUUGUACCGAUAAUCAUCAACUGAUUACUACAAUGAAUGAACUCCAGACGUGCAUCAAAACCUACACCCCUCCUCUGUGGUUAAAGGGAAGAAGGCCAAGGUGUGACAGGACAAGAAAGAGAAAUGCUAGUUUAUUUUGACGAAUCUCAUCAGGUCUCAUUAUUCGUACUUUUAGCUACAGUCCUUAAUUACGAAACGACUCGAUGCCAGUUUAGUUUGCAAGGGCGUGGUUGGGGAGGGUCCUGAGGCAAACCAAGAAAAUUUUGCUGCAUACUGCGAGAUGAAAACAUGACAUGAUUUGGAGGUUUGUGCGUUGAAAGGAUAAUGAUGAAAGUGCCAUUCAGGAAAUCUACACUUUUUUCGAUAACCAAACACAUUAGAAGCAUUUAUAAUCACCCAGUCUUGGACAUCUCCCUUAAGAAACGCAUUUGAGUCGAAAAAUAAUGAAAAUGUAGAAACAUUUCACCAUUAGGUUAGAAUUCAAAUGAUUUAGGAAGCAAUGAUUCUGUCUCAACUGCGUCACCAUUCUGUCUCAAAUUUAGAAUUCACUUGAUCUAAGAGAGCUUUUGUCUGAACUCUCUGACUCUUAAACAAAAUCGCUUCGAUCCACCUGUUUGUUCCAUAGUUUUGGAGAGAAUUAUAAAACAGAAAACCGCCGAGGCCAUCAAGAAGCUCGAAAAACAAUUCAAAUUAACAUACAUGGCGUACACCUCAACAAAUGACAAAGGCAAGAAGUUGCAGGCGCAUAAGAAACUUCAAGGUAAGACAAUGGAGGUGUAUCUCGCUUGCGGCAGAGGUCAGUUACUUAGGCACAAUAAUCGAGAGGGGGUGGGAGCCAUACGCUAGUGUAUUGCUUGAAUUGGGAAACAUGUCAGCUUGUAUUAUAUGAUGCACUAUCAAUUUUUCAUGACAAAUAGGAGUGUCUCACUUGCACCUUACGACCCUCCUGAACUAUGCCCUUGCAAAAGUCACUACUAGCCUGGACCGAAAUAAGCGUCCUAUUUUGGGAAAAUCCUUUACCUUUAUGCCCUCUCAAAGAAUUUAUUUAAGACAAAAAACAAUCUCAUUGCAUUGCAUUUUACAGACUUGGUGGACGUCGUCAAAAGAGAAUCAAAAGCAAAUCUAGAAACGUCCAUCAAAGCUUACAAAUGUAAGUGAGAACUUGCUAUUAUAGGAUGUUUCGAUAUACUGGUUAGGGGAUGAAAAUUAGCAAGAUGAGUCUGAUAAAAUUAUAGCUCAAUUUUAUCCUAACUAACGUUUAUUCUUUUCUUUAUGCAGUUGAUAUUAAUCGGCUGUCUGACAAAGACACUGCUCAGCUGUUGUAUUCUUCCUACGUAAGAGACAAAAGUUAGUACCAACAAUAAUUGAUAAAACGUGAUCCAUAUACACACAUGAUUACAGUUUAGUUUUUUGGCGUUUGUCAUUUGUAAUUCGUAAUGGACUCCAUCCUUGUUAGCCUGGGACUGCAGAAAAUUGACCACCAAUGAGGUGUGUGGGGAGAGUGGAGAGGGGGGAUCAUUAAAUUAUACUUAAGAGCCUUAGUGGGAUCAGGUAAAUAAAUUUUUGGGACACAACCAAAAUCCUCCAGAUUCCCCUCCCCUCCCCCCCCCCCCCCACAGGCGAUAAAUAAUGAUGAACCCCUUAGGGUAUCUUAAUGGCUAAUCUAGAGCGAGUUACUAUCCAAUUUAUAAUAUCUAUAAUAUUUAUUCUAAUUUAAUAUUUUCUCAAUUUCCACGAUUUCUUUUACCCAGGGCAGUCAUUAUGGGGUUCGUGUCAGCCUGUUUGUCAGCACCGAUGCCUUCCGACCUGCAACCUACUCUGUUGUCUGACCACACCAUUCGUUGUACCGAAGAAAACUGUGAAGAUGAUCGAGAAGCAACUUGCUUUAAAGAAAUUAAAGAAAAAGAGCAAGAUCUCCAAGAAACAUCCAAAGAAAAAGGGGAAAGUCUGUGAACCCAAAUGCCGGAAAGCCUGCUUGCCGUCUUGCAAGUUUAGUUGUUGUUUUUCCCCCUCAAAAAAUUAGGUUUUGGUGAAGAUGCAGCAAGCCAUUUUGAGAGUGUUGUUCUCAUUGAUAUUGAUAAUCAGGCGAGAAACUUACGUCAGAGCUGUUAGAUUAUGACUAUUAACUUAAACGUAGUUAUAAAAGUGCUCUUUUGUGAGACUUAGAAGUGGGUUUACGAUCUUGCUUCACUGUUGGGAAAGUCCAUCAAAGGACGACAGGAAUAGAAGAAGUUAUGUUCUUUGCAUAAAAUGCUGGGAGGAAGAGAUGUCCGUGGUCUCAACAGGGUGUCAGGGCGGUUUUUUCCUUCUUUUAAUAGUAAUUAUAUCUCAUCUAGAUAGAAAGGAUCUG